GAUGACUAAUCCUCUUGGUUUUUAGCAAAAACUGGGGUUUGGGUCUCGAUCUAUUGUUCAAGAGCCAGAUUCCCUUUUUUGCUGAAAAGCCAAGAAAUUGUGGGGAGAAUGAAACGGGGGAAGCUCGAUUCUUUGUUCUCGCUGAAUCGGGUAAAAUCAAUUCAAAUGUUGAUGGGUAUGCUGAUUCUGUACCUGAUGUUAAUGGGCAUGGAAAUACCGAUAGUUUUGAGAUUUGGGUUCGGGCUGGAUGUGCCUAAGCUCGAGAACUCGCGGCCCGGACUCGGCGGCAAUGGCGGAAAGGAGCCCGAAUUUCGUCUCCGGCGAAAAACCGCCAGUUUCGGGUCAGAGAAUAACGCAAGAAACAAAGAUGGGAUUGCGUUUGCGCCAGAGAAGAAGAACGGGAGAAAAAUCAGAAAAGAAUAAGAAGUUUUCGGGUUUGGUUAUCGACGAGAACUCAUUCGACGGCGGUUCGGAGCUCCGGCGGGCUGUUAGAGAUGCGUUCGUGGCCGGGAAGAAGCUACUGGCGGAGCUUGAAUCCGGGAAAGCUGGAACCGAGUUGGGGGAUCGGACUCAGAAUCGUAACGAGUCGUGUCCCGACUCGGUGGCGUUGACAGGGCGUGAGUUUUUGCAGAAGGGUAACUCGACGGUGAUCCCAUGUGGUCUGUCUUUAGGGUCCCACAUAACGGUGGUGGGGACGCCGCGGCGGGCCCACCCUGAGUCGCAGUUCAUGAUGGAGCUGCUGGGAUUGGAGAAUGUGGAUGGGGAGGAUCCGCCCAGAAUACUGCAUUUUAAUCCAAGGUUGAAGGGGGAUUGGAGUAGGACCCCAGUGAUUGAGCUGAACACUUGUUAUAGAAUGCAAUGGGGAAAUGCAAUAAGAUGUGAUGGGAAAUCCAAUACUGAUGAAGAAACUGUUGAUGGGCAGGUGAAAUGUGAGAGGUGGAUUCUUGAUGACAAUGGUGGCUCUGAAGAAUCGAAGGUCAUGUGGUGGUUAAAGAGGAUUGUUAAGAGAACAAAGAGGGUUUCGGUUGACUGGCCAUAUCCUUUUGUGGAGAACAGGAUGUUUGUGCUUACAGUUUCUGCAGGUUUUGAUGGUUUUCAUAUCAGUGUAGAUGGGAGGCAUGUUACUUCUUUUCCGUAUCACCCUGGUUUUACUCUCGAUGAAGCGACUGGUUUUUCCAUGAAGGGAGAUGUUGAUGUGCAUUCGUUUUUCGCUGCUUCGUUGCCAUCAAUGCAUCCGAGUUUUGCCCCUCAGAGGCAUCUCGAAAUGUUGCCCGAGUGGCAAGCCCCGCCUCUUCCUCGUGGACCGGUGGAGCUCUUCAUAGGUAUCCUUUCUGCUGGAAAUCAUUUCGAUGAGCGGAUGGCAGUGAGGAAAACCUGGAUGCAACACGAAUCGAUUAAGUCCUUGAAAGUUGUGGCCCGUUUUUUUGUGGCAAUGCAUAGAAAGAAUGAAGUAAACGUGGAACUAAUGAAAGAAGCAGAAUUUUUUGGCGAUAUUGUUAUCGUGCCUUACAUGGAUAACUAUGAUUUGGUGGUGUUGAAGACUGUGGCAAUUUGCAAAUAUGCAAUUCGUACGAUGGCUGCAAAGUAUAUAAUGAAGGGUGAUGAUGACACAUUUGUGAGGAUUGAUGCUCUGAUGAAUGAAGUUAAGAAAGUUCCUCAGGGUAGAAGCCUGUAUGUUGGAAACAUCAAUUACAACCAUAAGCCAUUGCGGAAGGGUAAAUGGGCUGUCACUUAUGAGGAAUGGUCAGAAGAAGACUAUCCCCCCUAUGCCAAUGGGCCUGGUUAUAUUAUCUCAUCUGACAUUGCCAAGUUCAUAGUUUCCAAUUUUGAGCAGCAUAAGCUGAGGUUGUUCAAGAUGGAAGAUGUGAGCAUGGGAUUGUGGAUACAGCAGUUCAACAAUUCUCAGGAGGUGGCGUACGUGCACAGCCUGAACUUCUGUCAAUUCGGGUGCAUCGAGGACUACUACACCGCACAUUAUCAAUCCCCGAGGCAAAUGAUCUGCCUGUGGAGAAAACUGCAAAGCAGAAGCAAAGCUCAUUGCUGCAAUUUGAGAUGACAAUGGCUAACCAGCCACCAUCGCCAUGACAGUAAACCGGGCAACUUUGACAGGUGAUAGAGGGAAGUUUUGCAGCUCUGUACAUAUAAGUUGAUCGAGCUAAUUUGCACUUCAGGGCCACCCUUUACCCGGUUUAUUAUUCGUGCUUGUUUCUAGGUGAAAAUGGUCUUGAAACUUUAUAUGGAAAGUGUUUUGGUAAGUCAUUUAUGUAAUGUAAUUCCCAGAAAGUCAUAAGUUAGAGAUAUAGGAUCCAAUCACACUAGAGAAUGAGAAUAGCAUUGGUUUAUG